AUGAAGUUGUUAAGGGGUUUAGUGUCACGUGCGGCCGUCAUAGGUCUCUUCUGGGGUGUAUUUACACUCCAGGCAGGCAAAGAUGUAGCAGAGGCGGCUAGGCUAGCCGCCACAAAGGCAGCGCGCGGCGAGGCAGCAGCAAAACUCGACAAGGCAAAGGCCCCCGACGAGUUGCAGAAGGAAAAGGAGAAACUGGAGAAGCUGAAAGAAGAUAUUAAAUCCCUUUUAGGCGAUAGCAAAGAGUACCAGCAGGGACUGAUUAAGAAAAAGCAGGAGGAGGAGGUGGCUGGCUAUACCCCUGAAGAGCUCGAGGAAACGGACCUAUGUACGUAG